AAACACUUUUUUACUUUUUCAUCUCUCGGAUCGUUCGGACGUGCUACGCGGUCUCGUCUGUGUGUGUGAGGUAGUGUGCGUGAGCGGAGCGGCGAAAAAGCACAAUUGAAAUUAAAUCGAGUCGUUAUCUGUGGAUUCGGCGGAUACAAUACAAUAUCGUAUCGUUAUCUAUUUACAAACAAAUCGACGUGGAUUAAUAAAAUGCCGCACACGAAUGCUUAAAGCGGCCUAUCUGUGUGUGUGUACGUGUGUGUCUAUGUCUUUGUGUGUUUCACUCUCUCUUUGAAAUAGUAAACAAAUUGCGUAUAAAGUUUACAGCAAAGUAAAAGACAAACAAAAAUAUUUAUAUAAAACAAAGUAUAUUCUGCAGUGCGUGUAAAAUAUUUCGAAAAGUAGCCGCAAAAAGGCAGCGGCGUCGACGUCAGCAGAGCGCGGGCUGCAAGUGUGUUGGUGAGGCGUAUAUACAUACAUACCAACGCAUAAGUGCAUAUAUAAGGUGGUACAUAAGCAGUGUAAUUAAUUAAGUGAAAUCCAAAUAGUUUUGUGCAUGCGAAAUUGGAAAAAUCGAGAGGAGUUCCGCAGCAGCAGCGCAGCGGCAGAGGCGCCACCGACUAACGGAUUUUCACACGCGGUUGAUCAACAUACAGAAUCACGACGACGCGACGAGCGAAAAUGGCCAAAAUGGAGGUCGACGAUGUGGUCGACUUGAGUUUGGGGUCCGGUCGUGACCCGGCGUUGACCAUAACGCCGGCUCCGCCGCCGGCGGCGCUCAGUAAUCGGGAUCUGCGUGCGCUGACAGCCAACAAUGCUGGCCUGACCAUCACUCCGUCAGCAUCGCCGGCGACCAAUAAUGGCACCACCUCCAAUAGCAGUAACACAAACUCCAACAGCAGCAGCACCACCACCACCACCAACAACAACAACAACAGUAGCAGUAACACCAAUAGCUCCAGCGCAAACAACAAUAACAACAACAACAGCAUUAACGCCAGUGAUGGUGUCACAGGUGCGACAAGUGGAUCCAUAGGCGGCGGUCAGGAUGAGAACAAGGUUCAGCGGAGAGUACUGCGACCACGAACCGAACCCAAAUCCUAUGCCGAGGCCCCAGACAUUGUGUUACUACCCGCUCGCACAAAUGGCCGUCAGCAGAAUGGAAACAUCGAUUCGGAGACGGAUGACGAGGAGAUGCCCCCGUAUGUGCCCAUCAAGGAGCUGAGCCAUGCAGAGCUCAAGGAGCGCGAGAAGAGUCUGAGGAAGCUGCGGCAGGAUCUGCGCAAUGAGGAGACCAAACUGAUGCUGCUCAAGAAACUCAAGCAGUCGCAGCAGGUGAUGAAGGAGAAUCUGGUGGUGACGCCGACCAGCGUAUCGCCCAACAAUCCGCUAUCGGCGAUACCCGCCGCUCUCACCUCGAAGGGAUCGCUGAGUGUGACGCCCACGUCGGCGGUACCCCUGCCCGCCCACAGCAAGGGCAGCAGGAGCAGUUUGAGCGGCAGCGGCGGACCGGCAGUGAGCAUAAGCGCCACCAACAGUCGAACGGGCAGCUCGAGUUCAGCGGCGGCGGCUGCUUCGGCAAUUGCAGCGGCCGCCAUGAGCGGCCAACAUCGCAGCGGUAGCAACUCCAUACUGCCGCCGCCACGAUCAUCGCUGCCCGCUGGUGCCACCUUGGCCGCCGGCACUACCAUCACGCCCGCCACCUCCUCAUCGCACCGCUCGAGCAAUUUGCCGCCGCGCACCAACCUGCCGAAUCUCACCAUCACGCCAUCGGUGACCAUCACGCCCACAUCGGCACCGCCCUCCAGUCUGAAACCACGCAAUGUACCUGGGACCAUAAGCAAUUCUGUUUCCAUCACGCCGGCGCUACCACUGUCCCAAUCGCAUCAGAAUCAGCACAACGAUCAGAAGAAUGAUCGCUCCACGCCAAGAGAAGAUGCCCAGACACCAGCUCAAAGACAGGCGGCGGCUAAAAUGGCGCUACGCAAGCAGCUGGAAAAGACGCUGCUUCAGAUUCCGCCACCAAAGCCACCACCGCCAGAGAUGCACUUCAUUCCCAAUCCCAGCAACACGGAUUUUGUGUAUCUUCUUGGUUUGGAAACCGUUGUGGAUUAUCUGACCGUCAACAAGAAGGCCAAUGCUGUGGCAGCACCAUUCCGUUGUGCCCAGUGCAAGAUUGAUUUUACACCCGUGUGGAAGUGGGAGAAACAGACCAACAAAGAUCCCAAAGUGAUUUGCGAGCAGUGCGUCACCUCGAAUGUGAAGAAGGCACUCAAGGCGGAGCACACCAACCGACUGAAACAGGCAUUCGUUAAGGCGCUGCAGCAGGAGCAGGAGAUCGAACAGCGUUUGGCCAGCCAGAGCAGUCCAUCGCCGGUGGACAACCAUGGAUCGAGUGGCGGCGGCAAUUCGCUGUCUGUCUCCGCGGUGUCUAGCAAUUCCUCAUCGUCGCAUAUGCAGCGGGAACGGGAACAGCUGCAGGCGUCGCAUGCAUCGGCGGCUGCUGCACUUGUCAAUCUGCCGCCGUCGGUGACAGUGAUACCCACCAAAUGCCAGACGCCGACGCCAGCGACACCGCGUCCAACGCCACCGCCACCACAAAGUCAAGCCACACCACCGCCGUCAUCUGGAGGAUCGCGAUCCUCGCGAGCGGCGGCCACCGCCGCUGCAGCAGCUAUUGCCGCUCAGCAGGCGGGUAUCCUUAGUCCUGGGCCGUCGCCAGCGCAUCACCAUGAGCCGACUACAUCCUCGAGAUCCUCCCGCAACGAUCGACUCGAUCAUCACCAUCAGUCGCAGCAGCAACAGCAGCGCGAUCAGCGGGAAAGAGAUCAGCAGCAGCGGGAUCAGCAGUCGCAACAGCAGGCCCAAAACUACGACAAAUACUCGGCGGCCACCCUGGCGGCGGCUGCUCAUCUGAGUGCUCUUGGCGGCAUGGGCGGAUUGAAUAUCAAUAGCUUGGCCAGUCUAGGCAACCUUGGCAAUUUGGGCAACCUCAGCCAGCUGGGCAAUCUGGCUGCGCUGGGAGGAUUGGGUAAUUUUGGCGGAGCAUCGACGGGUUCGGCUAAUCCGGCGGCAGGACUGAGCGGUUCCUCGCCAGCUGCUACGGCGGCAGCCAUGCAGGCGUUCCAGCAGCAGCUCUUUAGAGCUUUGGGACAAGGACUUGGUGGCAAUCCGCAGCAUAUGAUGCAGUUCGCACCGCUUUUGUACUCUUACCAAAUGGCCAUGGCGCAGGCGGCACAAGUGGCAGGUGAGAUGACAAUGGCCUUAACUGGGAAAUUCAUAACUGGCUACCAGGAAUGCGACUCAGUCACCUUCAACAAUAACAACAAGAAGAGCAGCUCGUCCUCCGGAUCGGCGAAGAAUUCCAGCAGCUCGAACAGCAUGGCGGAAGUUCAGCGGGCGGCGGAGCUGCAGCGCCAAUAUCUACUGGAGAUGAUACCGCCCCAGCAGCAAAGUGGGGCCAGUGGCAGUCGGCAGAACAACUGGAAGGCCUAAAAGGCAUCCACCUAACGUAGAUAACAAUUGACAGACAGAAACGUAAAACAAACAGAACAGAGCAGCAGUAACAACUAUUAUUAUGAUGGUUUUCUUGAUUAGGUAAUUUUAUAAUUUUAACAAAACGCAAGCAACAACAAAAAAAAAACAAACAAUUUAUAAGAAACCAACAUCAAAUAUACACGUAACUAUUAAUUAUGCUACUUGUAAACAAUAAUUAUACAUAAUUAUACAAAACGGAUGAAAGCAAAACAGAGCCGAUCUAAACAUAAUUGUUAGUAGUUUCCCUUUUUGUUACACCACUGCAUUACAUAUUUUAAUUAAUUUGCCAGCCAGAAUAUAGCAGCCGAUAAAUGAAUGCAAACUUUUAAGCUCCUAGUAAUUGAAUAUUAAAUAUGAAUAAUAUUGAAUCCUAGCCAGUAAGAAGAUUGCCCCGUUUUUCUAGGGGCGCACACCACACACACACAAACACACACAAACCAUUCAACCAACAAAUCCCCACCCCGCCCUAAAAACCUUUUUUGUAAUUGUUAACCUUUUUUGGGAGUCCCAAUUGGGAUUGCUGAACUGCAUGGCUCCCUUUUUUGGUCUUAUUCAACAAUUUUGUCGUACAAUUCGUUUAGUUCUUAGCAUCGUGAAUAAAUCUAUAAAUAUAAAUAUUAUAUUUUUUAAUCAAUUUUAAGCAUAUGCAUAGUAUUAGUUGUAAACAAAUUUUUAGGGUACAAUAAAUUACAGAAAACAAUUAAACCAAUUCUUGCAUUGCCGGAGAGCCAGCCACAAACUUAACACAUAAUUCACAUUUCAUUACUCAUUUCCGAUAUCAAAUCCUCCACAUGCCUUAUCCAUGUUACAGCUCCGAUACGAAGUUAGUACUGUUAUUUAGUUGAGACCGCGAGGGAUCCAGCAACCUUAUAUACCAUAUACCAUAAAUCAUAAUACCAUAUGAUACCAUGAUCGUCGCCUAGGACUGUUUCUUUCAUUUUGUUCCACUUUAAAUGCAAAAAUAACAGAGAAACAUCGAAAACUUAAAGCUAAAAAGAUAUGAUAAUUUGUACAUAUAUUUGACAGAUGAGGUAUUCAUCUUCGGUAAACCGAAAUCUAUAUACUCUUCCCAUUAGAACCGAACAGAACAGAGCAGAACUUCAGGUUUUCGAUCCUCCAUUGAAGAUAUGAAUAUAAUAUUGACUGAAUAUUAGCAUAUACACAGAUUAGUAGGAAUCUAGCAGAAGCAGAGGCUUGCAUAAAUCCCUAAACAUACGAGGUAAAAUAAUAUAUAUAUAUAUACAUAUAUAUAUUUUUGAUUUAUCGGACGGCAGUAAAGUAGGUUUACAUUCAGGCGAAUCAUUCGGAACACAAACCAAAUUCACUUUGGGCAUGCGAAAUCAAAAUGUGAUCAAAAAAAUAUGAAAUUACAAAAACGUAAGAAAACGAGAAUAAUGAGAAAACAAUUAAACGGAAACAAGCAGAUGAGAAAUUCACAAUUAUUGUAAGCUAAAUACAAAUAAAAAUAAAAAAAUAACUACAAAUGCAUUGUAAUUCAGUCGGCAUCAGUUUCAGUGUGUAUGUGUGUUUGAAAUUCUAUGCUAAAUGUAAAACAGUAUAAGAAUAUAACAGUUUUUAAACC